AUGACGGCUUCACCAUACAGAGACGUCUUACCGAUGCCCAAAGCUUUCGCUUCACAAACCGAUUUCCACGAAAUCGUGAAUCACUACAAGAGCUUGCGACUUCAAGCCCUAAAGCUCAACCCAGAAUCGUUUUCUUCCACAUAUGGCCAAGAGUCGCAAUUCCCUCUCGAUACAUGGCAAUCUCGAGUGCUAAACCCUGUGGGUCAGACAUAUGUUGCGGUGACAAGCAUCGAUAAUGAUUCGCCAAGUCACUUGUCCUUGAUCGAUUGCAACGAAGGUGAACGGGAAUCGAAACAGGACCUUCACCUUUUACUACGAAACGAAUGGGUAGGCAUAGCCACCGCAAUCGGACCGAAGACAUGGACUAGACAGGAUGGAGACACAAACUCACAGCCCUGGGAUGUGUUCAUCCAGCAGGGAAAUUACAUAAUCCCCCAGUCUGUCUUGUUACCAUCCGAGACUUCAGGUGCUCACCUCGUGUACUUGAUUGUUGGGAUGUUCGUUUUGCCCCAUGCGCGAGGGAAAGGCAAAGCCCAACGGAUUCUUGAGGCCGCCGCUAGGGGAAUAUGGGAAGAAGCAAAAGAAGCAGGCGCUUCCGCUGCCAGCAUUGUAAUUCAAGUCGAGCCGAUGGUCAUCAAUGCGCAACGGUUGUAUGAGCGAGUGGGAUUUAAGGUUAAAGGAAAGGUUCUGAUAGGAUCAACUGAGGCUAUUGCGCUGGUGAAAGAUCUUGAUCUAGGGAGCUAUACCUGA